AUAAAACCUUGAUUCUCCAUAAAUAAAGCCACACCCGCACAGGCCCAGACACCAUUAGGUUAAAACGCGUCCCCCUCCCUCUCUCUGUCUAGCAGUAUCCAUGGCGUCAGCCAACUCGGUAAAAAUUUUGGAGGUCUGCCAGGUUGCUCCGGCCAUAAAGUCAGGCGAAUCAGCCACAGCAUUAUCUCUCCCUCUCACAUUUUAUGAUGUAAGGUAUUUCAGAUUUCCUCCAGCUGAGCGUCUCUACUUCUACAAACUCACUGCCUCAUCCACUACAUUUUUCCAUUCUCAAAUCCUUCCAAUCCUCAAACACGCACUCUCACAAACGCUUGUCCACUUCCUCCCUCUUGUUGGAAAACUCACUUGGCCAUCUCAUUCCUCCAAACCCAUCAUCGUCUACGCUCCCAAUGAUGCCGUUUCACUCACGGUUGCGGAGUCUUGUGCUGAUUUUAAUCGCUUGGUGGGCAAUGAAAUUCGUGAAGUAUCUGAGUCGUGGCCAUACGUACCCGAGUUGUUAGCAUCAGAUGCAAUGGCCUCUAUAAUUGCUUUGCAGAUUACUUUAUUUCCCAAUAAAGGAUUUUCCAUCGGCAUCGCUAUGAACCACACAGCACUCGAUGGAAGGAGCGCUUCCAUGUUCCUCAAAGCAUGGGCUUAUAUAUGCAAGCAAAGCGACAAUGGAAAAAUUAUCCCUUUAUUGCCGGAAUUAAUCUCAUCAUUUGACAGGGCGUCCAUCAGAGACCCUGAUGGGCUUGAGCAAUUCUACUUGAACCAGUGGCGAGCCACGCCUGGGUUAGAUUCAGAGUCCAACCCGCCAAGUGUGAAAUUUUUGUCCAAAAUUCCAGGAGUACCACAUAAUCUUGUUCGAUCCACGUUUCAGUUAAGCCGUGAAAGCAUCCAAAAAAUCAGGGAAAAUGUACUGGGUUACCACCAGUGCCGCGCUGGGCUAAGGAGUAUGGAACAUCUUCAUCUUUCAACGCUAGUGGUUGCAUGUUCUUAUGUGUCGGUCUGCUUGGUGAAAGCUAGAGGAGGAGAUAGUAAAAGAAGAGUUUACAUUCUGGUGCCAGCGGAUUGCAGGAGCCGCAGAGACCCUUCAGUUCCACCUAAUUACUUUGGCAAUUGUCUUUAUGUCCUGGACACGGUUGCAGAAGCAGGAAUUUUCAUGGAGAAAAAUGGAGUGGCUAUUGUAGCAGAGAAGCUUAGCGAUUCAAUAAAAGGGUUGGAGAAAGGAAUUUUCCAAGGAGGAAAAGAGAGACAUGCCAGAUUGAGGGCUGAGGGAGCAGAGGUGCAAAAGAUUGGAAUAACAGGAUCGCCUAAGUUCAAGUAUUAUGAGGAGGAUUUUGGAUGGGGAAGACCCGAGAAAGUGGAGAUUGUGUCCAUUGAUAAGGUAAAUGGUGUUUCGUUGAUGGACGAUGAAGAUGGGGUUGAGAUUGGGCUGGUCUUGCCCAGACAUGAAACAGAGGCAUUUGCUUCACUUUUUCUUCAAGGCCUACAUGACUCGUAGCUGAGGCUCCCAAAAUUUUCACUUUAUUUUCGUUGAAGGGUCGAAUUGUAUUCAAUUUACCUGUACCGAACAAUAUUAAUAAUACUAGAUAAGACUUGCCCGA